AUGUCCUGGGGCUCACUGGAACUGUUCAAUCGUCUGCAAGCUGGUCGGCUUGACGUGACAGCGGAUAAUGAAGGUGACGAGGACUUCUCGAUUCCAGAGCUUCCGGUCGGAAGAGAGCUCCUGUUAGACAUACUCUCCACUUGGGGUGAUCCUCAUUACGUGGGCCUUACCAGCAUCCAGGUUUUUACAGCCGACGGUCUCGAAAUUUCUCGCUCCUGCAGUAUAUCUGCAUACCCACCGGACAUCAAUAUCCUCCCGCAAUUCUCCUCUGACCCCAGAGUGGCCACCAACCUGCUCGAUGGCGUGAAUGAAACGCAAGAUCAAACACAUAUGGGCGUAAGGGACAUCAACAUAUUCCUUGACCGUAAGUGUAUAUUUCGUGGCCAAAUUUCUCGUUCCUCUGGCCUGGAACGAGGAAAGCCCCAGGAGUUCGGCGAGACCAUCCUCUUUACCACCGACGAGGCAGUACUCCAGCGAAUUGCCCAACACGACCCAGCCUUCUUACGCGACAUUGAGGAGGAAGAGGAGGAGGAAGAGGAGACGGAGGAGGGAGAGGAGCCAAACCAGAUGGUUGUUGGUGAAAGGCUAGGCGAAGGAGAGCCUGCUGCCACUGAAGCCCAGGGUGUGAAGACUCGAUGGUUGGAUCUACGGUUGCUAACGGCUUGGGACGGCGGAGAAUGCGGCUAUAUUGGCCUUGCUGGCAUUAAAUUGCUUGCGGACCCCGGCGGCAAAAAGGAAGCUCGUGUCUGGCUUACUCACCAGGUAGACUCUCCUGCGUGUAAUUUUCGAGUGGAUUCACACGCACUGACCGACGGUAUAAAUCACACCACUGACGAAGAUCACAUGUGGACGGCAAAGUUCACAGAGGAUGUGGGUUUGCAGUUGAGAUUCUGGUUGAUACCUCCAAAUGGUGGGCUGGAGGACAAGGAGGAGGAGGAGGAGGAAGAAGAGAACGACAUUCCCACCCUCUACGGAAUUCGGCUUUGGAACUACAAUGUUCCUAAGCAGUGGAAGUGUGCUUCAGGAGUCAAGUUCUUCCAAAUCCUCGACGACAGGGGUCGCUGUUUGGGGAAUCUGUUCGGCCAAGAAGGACCCUUCCUGCUAAGACCAGGCCCAGGCCAUCUGAAGUACGAUUUCAGUCAGUGGUUUCUCCUAGCAGACAUUGGCGGCACAACCUGGAACUAUUCUCCAGCCAGCACAUUUGUUCUGGAAAUAUCCCUUCACUCCAACUGGGGCGAUGAAGAGAGGAUCGGUCUUAGCGGGCUCCAACUGCUGGGCUGCAAAAAUGAGACGAUAGUGAUCCGACCCGAACAGGUCUUUCUACAUCCAGGUGUAGCCAUCGUGAUUGAGUCCGCUCUGUAA